AUGCUAUUCACUGUUGUGUUGUGUAUUACCCUUAUAUUUUGCGCAGUUAUUUAUUUUAGAUUUAAUUAUAAAGCAAGGUUAAUUGCUAAAAUUCCCGGCCCGACACGUCUGCCACUUCUUGGAAAUUGUUUGGAAUUCGUGUUACCUGUAGAUGAACUUUUCGUACUAUCCAGAUCUUUGUAUUACAAAUAUGGCCCAGUUAUUGGUAUAAUUGCUUUUAAUUUAUCUUUCGUCAAUAUUUACGACCCUGAGGAUUUGGAGGUGAUAUUAUCCAAUCCUAAAUUCAAUGAUAAACGAGAGCCCUACACAUUUUUGAAGCCUUGGUUAUGCGAAGGUUUACUUGUUAGCAAUGGUUUGAAAUGGCACAAGCGAAGAAAAAUGUUGACGCAAGCUUUUCACUUCAACAUAUUGAAGAAGUACGCAAGGACCUUUACGGAACAUGCGGAAGCGUUUUUGGGGAUGGUGCAGGCUGAAGUUGGUGAAAAGACAGAUCUGAUGGCGCUUAUUACGUCGACAACUCUACAAAUCAUGUGCGAAACAACAAUGGGUACUUCCAUGAAUGAGGGAAUAGAGGCCGUCACAAAUAAGUACUUCAAUGCAAUCCACGAAAUCGGUGAAACCGUAGUCCAGAGACUGUGUAAGGUGUGGAUGUUCUUCGACUGGUCGUUCAACUUGUGCAAAGAGGCCAGAGACCAAAAGAGAGUGUUAGACGACCUCCACAAGUUAACCACCAGAAUUAUACAAGAAAGAAAAACUUAUGUUGAAAACAAUCCUCUAGAAACGAUGUUAGAUAGCAGCGAAAAAUCUAAUAAGAAAGGUCGCUUGGCCAUGUUGGAUUUGCUGCUACAAAACGAAAAGGAUGGAAAUAUAGACAUCGAUGGAAUUAGAGAAGAGGUGGAUACGUUUCUCUUUGAGGGUCAUGACACCACAGCGAUGGCUAUAUGUUUCAUGAUAAUGCAAAUCGCCAACGAUACUGUAGUACAGGAGAAAAUCUACGAUGAACUAUACAAUAUUUUUGGUGAUUCGAAACGUUCACCGACAGUAGAUGACCUGGCGGAGAUGAAAUACCUAGAAUGUUGUAUCAAGGAGUCUCUGCGGCUCUAUCCUAGUGUACCGAUGAUAAGCCGAUACAUUUCAGAGGAAAUUCAGUUAGGAAAGGGCUACCGAAUACCAAAGGAUACAAUGUGUAACAUACAUAUCUACGAUGUGCACAGACGAAGCGAUUUGUUUCCUGAACCUGAUAAAUUCAUUCCUGAACGAUUUCUUCCGGAAAACAGCAUCAAUAGACACCCCUACGCGUAUAUACCCUUCAGUGCUGGUCCUCGGAAUUGCAUAGGUCAAAAAUUUGCCAUGUUGGAAAUGAAGACUUUGGUAUCGAGCCUCAUUAGACGAUUCCACGUGGACGCAAUCACAAAGCCCUCGGAAAUUCGCUACAAAUGUGACCUGGUUUUACGAGCAACCCAUCCUAUAUUUGUGCGCUUCAGAAACAGACAGUGA